AUGAAGGUUGCGCCUGAACUUCUGCUAGGUUCUCUAAUUGACUCCGAGCUUUUGCUCAAUCCCUACUCAGGUAUAGAGAUACAGCUAGAGAAGAAGGCUUCAUAUAUGCAGUCUCGUGUGGACAAGCUUCACCAAUAUAAUGAGCAGGCAAACACUGGUGUAACCUUGACCAAAGUUCAGGACGAAGCUCGUUCUAAGCUUGACGAAGUGAUCAGGCAUCAGGAGUAUGUCAAGCAUCUCAUUAACAUGGUCCAUCGCGAUCACCUAGCUUACGACAAAGCUUUAAAGUCUGCUGACAUCGCUCUGGAAAAUAAGAUGGUUAAAACGAGGAGCAAGGCAAUCUCACAAUCCCUUGUGUAUAGUGAGAUUCUAAAGCAGCUGGCUCAUCCGUCUUCUAUGGAGGCUUUUAUCUCCGGAACUAACGGCGCUAUCGUACGUUGCACUGCUUUCUACUUUUAUGCAUUGAAUAAUAAGAUCCUCUGGAUUGAGACUUUGCUUCAGCAUGUAUCUGAAGACGAACUUCAUGCUGUCUUGCGCCUUCAGUGGGCAUUUUCUCCCUCAUAUGAUGGUUUUUCGUCAAUUGAGGAGCUUGAGAAGAAAGCAGAGGAAGCUGCUGAUGUUGUUACGGCUGUUCUGUCACAAACUAACGUUGUUGUUGAUAAACAAACGGGUUUACAAGGUAUACAUCGUGUUUUCAACAGGCUUUAUAUUUGA